AUGAUGCUAAAGAAAUUAUAUAAUGGACAUUUUCGAAGAGUGUCAUUGAGCGAUCCAAAUGAAACCAGCGCUUCCUCGAAAAAAUCAAUUGAUGAGUCAAGCAACGAAGAUAAAAAAUGUGAAAAUAAGGAGUAUGGUAUAGUUAACAACAUUAUAUAUGGAGCAGGUCUCGGUGUCGGAGCAAUCGGAUUUUCCCUUGCAGUUUUGAGUUCAACAAUUAUUGCCUCAACUUUAGUUUUUUCUUUAUAUUUUUGUGCAAAUACAUGUAAUAUAAGUGAUGAAGAACUAUUCGAAGAGUGCAUCUAA